AUGGACCGCGCCGAGCGCGGCGCAGCUUCUCUGACGCCUCUGGCGCGGAGCGCCGCGCUGUGCGCGCUGUUGAUUCUGGCCCGGGGUCAGAGCCCGGCCGGCGAGGACAGUUCCCCGGUUCCCGCCGGCGAUCACCUGGUCCGCCUGCUGCCCGCCAUCGACCUGGAAAACGACACCGACAUCCAGCGAUUGAGGCGGGGGGAGCCAAUCGUGGACACUCUGGGCAGCGGCGGGCAGCGCGUGCUGCGCUUCGGAGUGACGAAAGUGGAUGCAGGCGGAUUCCCGGACGUGUCCCUGUGGCUGCGUCCCUCCGGCGAGGGAGGAAAUGCGGCCCUGUUCUGCGCACCCUGGGCGGCCGCGGCCAGCGAGGGCGCCCGGCUGUCGCGGGGGGAGUACCCGUGGGUCUCCGCCGACGGCCACGGCCUGGACGCGGUGUUCAUGUCCUCGGAAUCGGACGCCUACCGCUCAGCGGUGACGACCGUCAACGCGUCGCGCGGAGACGGCGGGGAGGGGACCUUCGAGGCGGCGGCGUUUCUGUGCGUGAUUGAGGACACGUCGCCGCAAGGGGGGCAGUUCAGCCUCGAGUUGGGCUUGACGGUGGGGGGAUUGGAUCUGGUGGAGGAGCAGCGGGAUGCGGUUCGGGGAAUCUACGACAGGUGCUGUCCCAGCAGGACGGCCUGCGCGGCGUGGCCCGACGCGCCCGAGGACGCCGGCGAGGACGUCGCCACGGACCUGUGCGACGUGGCGGGCAACAUAUGCGACUCGGGCGGGAGGUUGCUGGUGAUGAGCCUGGAGGGCUACAACCUCAGCUGCCACUUUCCGUUCCAGGAGGUCGGCGCGCUGUGGUCGCUGGAGAAGCUGCGGGCGGGCGGCAACUUGCUGUCGGGCAAGGCGGAGGAGAUUUUCGCGGGGCUGGCGGCGCUUGAGAACCUGACGCACGUGGACCUGGCCUCCACGCGGCUCCAUGGGUCGCUGACCGGCGCUCAGGGAGUGUGUGAAAUGGCGACCAAGGGGCUGCAGGUGCUGCGGCUGCAGGACAACCUCAUUGGCGGGGGUUUGCCGGCAUGUCUGCUGGCCGCAGGCAGCUCCCUCCUGGAUAUUGAUCUCUGCAGGAACGAUAUGACGGGCAGCCUGCCGGACGUCGUCCCCGUUGGAUCCCCCCUGGAGGCAAUUGCCAUGAGUGAGAACAACAUGGACGGGAAGAUCCCGGCGUCGCUGCUGGAGAACGGGCGGAUGCUGUCCCGGCUGAACUUGACGGGGAAUGCCCUGACGGGAUCGGUGCCUGAAAGCCUUGGGGGACUGCCAUUCCUCACGACCUUCGCGGCGGGCGGCAACAAGUUGACGACGCUGCCCAUGAGGUGGAGUGAUGAGGGUGGGCAGAUUUUCCAGGCCCUGAGCAUGUUCGACCUCUCUGGCAACCUGUUGGAGGGACAGUUCCCUGCCGCGCUUGGCAGAGCAGACAAUCUGGCGGCAUUGGAUCUGAGUGACAACAGGCUGGAUGGGCCAUUGCCAAACGAAACCGGCCUCUUUCCCAGUUUGAAUUUCUUAAACAUUUCUUCCAACGCAUUUGGGGGCCCUGUGCAUGAGUCCUGGUCUGAUCUCGGAAUUUUUUCGCUUCGGUUCACAGCCCCAGAGAUCGGGGUGCUGGAUGCCCGCAACAACAACCUUACUGGGGACUUUCCGCAGUUCUUUUUCACAGACUCAGAGUCGUACAUGGAGACGCGCAAGGUGUAUGUUGCUGGGAACAACUUCACGUGUCCGCUUGGUGGCGUGUCGGGAUCGAUUGUGGUUGAUGUUUGUGGGGGCAACAUGGCAGCACAAGCAGAGGCUCUGGACGAGACUCUGGACAAUUCUGUGACGCCGGAGGAAGUUGAGCACGAAGAGGAGUUUGCGGAUCUGCUGCGCAAUUCGACGAACGCAGUGAUGAACAGCACAUUGGCGGGGAAGAUGGGUGAUGGUAGUUCGAUGGCCGAUGCUUCUUCAGGGGGAUCGGGCGCUAACCUCGUUGGUGCUAUUGUGAUUGCGCUGGUAACUGGUGUUUUGUUUGGUGCGAUCAUGGCAUUCAUUUGGUACUGGCGGAGAAAGCGGAAUGAGCCUCGAGACCGACUUGUGAGACACCUUAAAUUUCGGGACGACGUUGAGCUGCAGGGAUUCCAAUAG